AUGGAGGACUUGCCGUUGCCUGCGCUCUUCGAGCAAGCCCGCAAGAUCCACGCCGCCGCCACCGAGUCUGCCGCCGACCAGGAGGUUGUGAGGAAGGGGUGCGAGGCCCUGCAUAGGUGCGAGGACAUGGUGACUAAUCUAGGUUUGUUUUCUUCUAACGAGACCAAAGACGAUAUCAGCACCGCCAAUCUCAAGUACAUUCUGGUGCCAUUUUAUCUUGCGGAGUUGAUGGAAAAAAUAGUUCAGGAUGACAGGUUACAGAUUCUAAAGGCUUCCCAGGCAAAAUUAAAGGAAUUUAUCUCAUUUUGUGAAGCAAUGGAGCUGGUCCCAGAAGAGGAGUUAGAAUUUUAUAUUGAAGGGGCACCAAAAACUGUUGUGGAUCAGAGGGCUAGGAAGAUUGCUAGGUUCAAGCGUCAGAGAGCUGCAGAAUCAAAGUUAUUGGAAAUAAAAGAGCGAAAAGAACGGCGUGGACGAUCUACUAAAGCAGCUGCCCUGUCCACCCCUGUUGAGGCAGGAGAGGAAGAAGUAUUGGAUGAUGAUGGUGAAGAAGAAAGAGAGGCUUGGACCACCACUAUAUCUUUGGCAAUCUGUAAGGCACUAGAUUUGCUCGAUAUGUUGAAGAAAGAGGAAGAGAUGCUUUCUGCUGUGAAGGAUAGACAAUCCAAGGAUGGGGAUGAGUUCUCUAGGGAUGUUCUUGAUGAACGUGCCAAGAAAGCAGAAGCUUGGCAUCGUGAUGCUGCAGUUCGUGCACAGUACACUAAGCCAUCGCCACCAAUCACAUGUGCCACUUUUGCCCAAGAUGUUCUAGAAGGAAGAGCGAAGGCUUCACAAGCACACGAUCACAAGCACCAACCACUAAUAUUUGGACCAGCCAGCCUUGUGAAUGGAAGCUUAACAACAGAGAGAGAAAGAAUGGCGGCUCAGGUCUUCCAACCUAGUCAUAGGAUGCCAACUAUGAGCAUUGAGGAAGCUGGACUAAGAGAAAUGGAAAUUAUGAAUAAAUGGCAAGAGAGAAAUGUUAGACUCAUGGAAGAAGCCAAUUCAUCUUGGCACAAUGACAGGAAGUCAAAGCCCGGAGCAGAAGAUGAUGAUGAAGACGACGAUGCUGCACAAGAUAAAGCAAGGGCUUGGGAUGACUGGAAGGAUGAUAAUCCACGAGGUGCAGGAAACAAGAAACUUACCCCUUGUGGGUAG